AAUCACUCGUGCCUUGUCUCCUGAAUUCAAGAGUUACGAUUAUGGCACCCAAAAAGGCAAAGAAGCGGGCAGAAGGAGCCAAUUCAAAUGUCUUCUCCAUGUUUGAACAAACACAGAUCCAGGAGUUCAAAGAGGUACAAACCAAGCGCUCGUUUGACUCUAAUUGCUCUGACAAUUGUCUUUAUCGUGACUCUUUCACUGUGAUAUCGAGCAUCUACAGCGAGAUUCCCGUAUGUGACUUCAAUAUGUCAGUGUUCAUCAUCGCUACUUUCACAAUCAUGGACCAGAACAGAGACGGCUUUAUCGACAAGAAUGACCUGAGGGAUACGUUCGCAGCUUUAGGCCGCCUGAACGUCAAACAAGAGGAGCUCGACGAGAUGCUAAAGGAGGCUCCAGGACCCAUUAACUUCACCGUCUUCCUCACCAUGUUUGGGGAGAAGCUUAAAGGUGCCGAUGCAGAGGAGACCAUUCUGAAUGCCUUUAAAGUGUUCGACCCAGAGGGAAAGGGGACCUUGAGGAAGGAUUUUUUGGCACAGAUGUUGACAACGCAAGCAGACCGAUUUUCUCCAGAAGAGAUGGAGCAGAUGUUUAGUGCUUUUCCUCCAGACGCGGCAGGUAAUCUGGACUAUAAGAAUCUGGUCUACAUCAUCACACAUGGGGAGGAGAAGGACCAAGAGUGAAAUAUCUCAUGUUCAACAACAUCAUGAUACAUGUAUGACACAAUAAAUACUGUC